AUGGCGCCCAAGCGCAACGCCCGUGACAUCACGCCCGCUGCGUCGGGCGCAGCAUCGUCGGCAGCCGCCACCUCUUCGCCCGUGGCACCCGUCGCCAAGGCCUCCAAGACGAGUCCCGCCACGGCCGCCGCCAGCAGCGCGCAGAGCUGGGACAAGGUCGUCGUCAACCUCGUCAACUACUACCAGGAGCAGACCCCCCAGCGCACCAAGCUGAUCGAUGCCUUCAUGGCCUUCCUCGUCGCUGUCGGCGGUCUGCAGUUCGUCUACUGCGUCUUGGCUGGCAACUAUCCCUUCAAUGCAUUCCUUUCCGGCUUCUCUGCGACGGUCGGCCAAUUCGUCCUGACUGCAUCCCUCCGAAUCCAGACCACGGAAGCCAACAAGUCGGAUUUCCCCUCAGUAUCACCAGAGAGGGCCUUUGCCGACUUUGUCGUGUGCAGUCUCAUUUUGCACUUCUUCUGCGUCAACUUCAUCAACUAA